AGCUUACCGAGAAGCAGAAACAGCAGGAUCUGUCAGCAGGACUUGAGCACCAUAUGGACCACAAAAAUAACUCAGGCAGGCAUGCCCCAGACGCUAAGUGCCUCCGACAUGGUCACCCCAGGCAACCUCAGCCCACCCCCAACAGAGGCCACAGAUGGCGAGCAGGCCAGGCAGCCCCUUCUGGACGGAGCUCCAUCCUCAGCCUCCCUGGACACCCUGAUCCAACACCUGGUGCCCACAGCUGACUACUACCCUGAGAAAGCCUACAUCUUCACCUUCCUGCUGAGCUCUCGCCUCUUCAUCGAGCCCCGGGAGCUGCUGGCCCGGGUCUGCCACCUGUGUAUCAAGCAGCAGCAGCUGGACAAACCGGUGCUGGACAAGGCCCGGGUCCGGAAGUUUGGCCCCAAACUGCUCCAGUUGUUGGCCGAGUGGACAGAGACCUUCCCGCGGGACUUCCAGGAGGAGUCAACCAUCGGGCACCUGAAGGACGUGGUGGGCCGCAUCGCCCCCUGUGACGAGGCGUACCGGAAGAGGAUGCAUCAGCUCCUGCAGACUCUGCACCAGAAGCUGGCAGCUCUGGGCCAGGGGCCAGAAGGCCUGGUGGGUGCGGAUAAGCCCAUCUCCUACAGGACCAAGCCGCCAGCCUCCAUCCACAGGGCACUCCUUGGCGUCUGCAGCGACCCCUUCACGCUGGCCCAGCAGCUGACCCAUGUGGAGCUGGAGCGGUUGCGACACAUCGGACCUGAGGAGUUUGUCCAGGCUUUUGUGAACAAGGACUCUCUGGCCAGCACAGAGGUAACAGGUUCUUGGACCGGCUGUCCCAGCAGCAGGUGGACAGGCCACCCUGGGGGAGUCCUGAAAGCGUCAGCUGGGCGAGCUUUGAAGCGGCCCAGACCAGAGCUGCCCGCUCUGCGCAGCUUCUCCAGCGACAGACCACUACAGCCCUGA